UCAACCGUACAGCCGAUUGUCCAUGCUGGACUCGAUAUACUUYCAUCAUGGCAGAUUAGAUGCACUAAAGAGGUUUUACCAACGCCUGAAUCACCAACUACAAAUACACGCACUUUCUCGACGGCAGCCAUGUUGUUUUCUUCUUCCCAGGUCUCCACUAAUCGUACCAAAGGAAGACCGAAACACCUUUAGCAGGUGAAGAACGCCUGGACGAUGUCUGUUUUUAGGGGUCGAUUUCUUGCAAAGAUACUAAAACAAGGAUUUACGACAACAAAACAGUAUUCAAGAUAUGUUAGUGGAUUUGUUCCAAGAAGAUCCUUUCUUUACAUGCCAGGAAAUGACGAAAGAAAAGUGAAAAAAGCAACAAAACUUGACGCAGAUUGUGUUGUUUUGGACUGUGAAGAUGCCGUAGCUUGGAGUAAAAAGCAAGAAGCAAGAAAUAUCAUUUGCAGUUUAUUGGGUGAAUUAGAGUUUGGACAUAGUGAAGUUUGUGUUCGCAUCAACUCAGUCUCAAGUGGGCUCGCUGAAGAUGAUUUAAGUGCUAUUUUCAGUUCUAAAGUACUGCCAAACACUAUUGUAAUACCAAAAGUGGACACAUUAGAAGAUAUGAAAUGGAUAAGUGAAAAGAUUGGGAGUUUGAUGAAACCAAAGAAUGAGAAAAUCAAGUUGAUAACCCAAACUGAAAGUGCAGUAGGUUUGUUAAACCUGAGAGAUGUUUGUAUUUAUGGUACUGAUCCUGGUAGACCAUUCACUCUUCAAGCUAUCAUAUUUGGGUCUGAUGAUUUUUUGGUCAGUAUUGGAGGUACAAGAACUAAAGAUGCACUAGAAUUAUUAUAUGCUCGUCAAAGUGUAGUUGUACAUGCAAAGGCAUAUGGAUUACAGGCCAUUGAUUUGGUGGAUAUAGAUUAUAAAGAUUUAGAUAAUUUAAAGCAGCAAUCAGAAGAAGGAGCAAGAAUGGGAUUUACAGGUAAACAAAUCAUUCACCCAGUGCAGAUAAACAUUGUGAAUACAGCAUUCUCACCCAGUGGCCAGAGAAUACAGUGGGCAAAAGAGCUGUUGGAAGCAUUUGAGAAACAAGAACAAAUGGGCAAAGGAGCAAUCAGUUUCCAAGGAAACAUGAUUGACAUGCCAUUAGUUUUACAAGCAAAGAAUGUAUUACGUCUUGCCGAGCAUGUGAAAACUUAUUCCUCCUAAUCAAACUGUUUUUCCAUGAAGAUURCUGACAGAUAUGGUUCCUUCUAAUAAAACACUGAUGAUUUGUGUAUACAAUUCACAAACUGUUUUUCAUUUCUAUGGUGAUUUUCUGAAGAUUGAAUGAUAAAUAAAACACAUGGUUCUUUGUAUUGAAACUUUCUACAUCAUUACAUGUGUGUCUGCUUAUUGCAUUCAUGUGAUGAUAGUCAUAUUAGGUGAAGUAGAUUUCUUCACUUUUCUUGUCCCUACUGGAAAUCUCAGUUAUUUAUAGAAGAAAAGCAUACGUAGGAUAAUGACAACUCAGAAUUAAAAACUUAAACUUGA